AUGACGUUACUAAUGGACGGUUACCAGGCUCUGAAAAGACGAUUUGAUGACAGUGAUGCAAAUUCUCCCCUGGAUUUUAAGUACAUCGGCAUACUGCGUUUCUUUUUGAGUUCCGUUGGCUCCUGGCCGCAUAAGCAGUUCGGGCGGGGCAGGCUGGAUACUAUACUGUCCAUGUACAAUGUGCUGUUGGUACUUGUUGCUAUAGCGUUACCGAGUUUGGGCGCCACAUACAUCUGGUAUAAGAGAGACACGAUUUCUUUCUUCGAUGUUGGACACGUGCUUUUAUGUAUAUUUUUAGAAUUCUUAUUUCUGCAAAGGUUAUUAAUGAUCUGGACAACUAAAUAUCGAACAAUAAUAAAGGACUACUUAAUGGAAUUCCACCUGUUUUACUUCAGGAAUCGAACACAGUAUGCUUCGAAGAUACAUACUCAGAUCCAUAACAUAUCAGUGAUAUUCACACUGUACAUGGCUUCACAGAUAGUUAGUUCCAUGAUGCUGUUUAACUUCAUGCCGUGGUACAACAACUACAGCUCCGGGAUGCUUGGUCCGGAGCGUCCCGCCAACCGCACGUUCGAGCACGCCGUCUACUUCCACUGCUUCACCGAAGACGUCUACACCACCAUAAAGGGCUAUUGGAUUCUAUUUGCCUUCAAUAUCCCUACUUGCUACAACACAGCAACCGGCUUCGUCGCCUUUGACCUUCUGAUCUCCCUUAUUGUCUUUCAAAUUUGGGGCCAUCUCAGAAUUUUGAAACACAAUUUGCUGAACAUAAUGCCGAAGGAAGGCAUGUAUUCUCCAGAAGAGAAUAUGAGAGUCCGAGAGAUUUUAAAGGAAAUCAUCGAACACCACAAACUAGUCAUAAACUUUGUAGACAAGUGCUCCGAGGCGUUUAGCGAAGAAUUGUUUGUGUUUUACAUGAUGAUGCAACUCCUCACCUGCACGAGCUUGCUCGAAGCUUCUGUGCUGACGGCAGAAGCGCUGGCUACAUACGGACCCAUAACUCUCGCGGUGCACCAACAGUUGAUUCAAGUCUCUAUACUUUUCGAAAUGAUACGUACUAAGAGCGAGGAGCUGACGGACGCCGUGUACGGCACGCCGUGGGAGUGCAUGGACGCCGGGAACCGCAAGAUGGUGCUGCUGCUGCUGCAGCGCGCGCAGACUCCCAUCGCGCUCAAGGCCGCCAAGAUGGUGCCCGUGGGUCUACAGACUAUGGCCGCGGUCUUGAAGACAACAUUCUCCUAUUACAUGAUGCUCAACGCCGUUGCAGGAGAACGUUGA